ACUGUUUUCAUAUGAAUUGCAUUUUAUUUUGAUUUUUAAACAAUUGAUUGAUUGAAACAUCAAUUGAUUUUCAUUUGCGAUGAGUUUCACAAAAACCAAACAAAAGUCUAUUUUAGACUAUUUUAACAAAAGUAAUGAUAAUAACAAAAGAAGUGGUCAUCACUUAGGGAUCAAUCAGUUGAACAACAAAUUUCUUAAAACAAAUGACAACGAAAUAUCAAUUGUCUCACAAAACAAACCAAUUGAUUGCACAGACAUUGAAGACAAAUGCAGUGACGUCUUGAAAGAUGUGUCAUCUGAAGAGUUCAUUGAUUUGAAUCACUUUUUGCAAAUCGAUUUCAUAGAAGAGGAUGUGAUUCAAGAGAACAAUAAACAAAUGAAUGACAAUUGCGAAGAGCUAUCGACGAGACCAUCAAAUGAUGAGAACUAUAUGUCAUUUGUUUACCAGAGGUUCAGACAAAUGAUUGACUUUGUAUUGUCUGACAACAGCUUUGAACACCUCUUUGAUAGCAACGACACAAAUAUCAUCCAAUGUUUUACAUGUCUUUCCGGUUUGGCUCAGAUGUUAUUCAUGAGACUAUUUAUGCGUAAAAGAAGUUGGAUUCGUAAGAAUGCAAUCAAAUAUCCAGAAAUAGCAGAUAAUUUGUGGCCAUUUCUUAAAGAACUGGUUGAAAAUCAAUUUCUUUUAGAUGUCACAAAUUUGUCAGAUUUGUCGGAAUCGAUGGAUAUAUUGGAUACUUUGGAAAUGAAACGAAUCGGCAAAUCACUGAAAGGUUUAAAUAUGAAUGGUUUAAAUACAAAGAAAAAUAUAAAAUCAGCGGUUAUUAAGUACUUAAAUACCUGUCAACCAGUUUUUCAAAGUGACAAAACAGCUGAUGAAAUGCUAUUUAAAUGCAUUAAAUCAAUAUUGAAAGACAAGUGUUUCAAAGUCAAUGAAAAACUUUGUGAACCCUUUGAACACAUGUUUUUACUUUUCAUUCAGCCGGAGAUCGACGACGAAGAUAUCAACACUCGCUUUAAUUAUGAAUUUUUUAGACAAUUGAAGAUUGAAACUGAUGGCAAUAAUUAUCCCAAAUAUAAUAUUAAUAAAUCGAGUAUUAUAUAUACGAAUCGCAACGAUUUGUUUCAAUAUUGUCAGUCAUUUAAACUGGAAAUUGAAUUAUUAAAUGCCAUCGAGAAGAAGGAUUUUAAUGAAGUUAUUGACGUUUUAUUGCCAAAAAUUGAAGAAAUAUAUAGAAAUGAAAUUAAAGAGAAAAUUGAUAAAAAUGACAUAACUUUGUCAUCAUUUUUACGUCGAUUUACUGCCGGACAGACUUAUAUUAGAUGUUUGUCUCAUUGCGUGUCUGUUUUGGAACAGAAAAAAGAUUACAUUAAAGCCGUUUAUAUUCUUAAAGAAAUACUUUUAAAUCAAUUGACAUAUUGUACUGAUUCCAGGGGUCGUUGGUUUGAAAGACUGACUCUGAACUUACAUAAACACUUAAAAGAUACGACAACUGCAUUGAAAAUGAUAGAAAUGGGUUUAAAUGACGAUAAUGUAAGAACAGGACAUCGUUUGGCACUCAAUAUUCGCCGACAAAACAUUGAGAAGUCGGUGAAGACUAAUCUUGCAAUUGUUAUUGAUGUUGAGUUUGAAAAUAUCAAAUACAAUGAGACAACUAUUUAUGCGGAAACUUUGAAAUAUGUAAUAAACGAUCGAAAAAAUAUUUUUAAAACGACUGAUUCUAACGGUGACGUUACUGUUAUGUCCGUCGAAGAUAUUGUAAUAAAUCAUUACAAAAACAAUGGAUAUCCUAAUGGUAUACACACUGAAUCACGAAUAUAUCACACAAUAUUUGGUCUAUUAUUUUGGGAUAUUAUAUACACGAGUGAUAGUCCCGGUGUUAGCGAUGCCUUUCGGUUUCGAUAUCAACGCUUACCAUUAGAUUUCAAUUCCGAUCAAUUCUUUUUGAGACGAAAACCACAAAUUUUAUCACUUUUAAGUACAUUAAAGAAUAUGAAUGAAAUGCAAAUAAAUAAUAUAUUAGAAAAUUCUUGGAACAGUAACUUUGGAACCAUUUCUUUAAUCAAUUGGGAGAAUACAGACAUUAAUCAAAUUAAAGAAAUUUUAAUGUGUUUCGGAGUCUCAAUUAUAACAGACAUUUGUGAGCGACUUAUUAAGGAUUUUCGUCACACGCGAAGUGGUUUUCCCGAUCUAUUAGUGUGGAACCCAUUGACCCGACAAAUAAAAGCUGUUGAAGUUAAAAGUCCUAACGAUAGGCCGUCCAAUAAACAAAAAUUAUGGCUUAAUUUUCUUCAAUCUAUCGGAGCUGAUGUUGAAAUAUGUCACGUAAAAGCUAAUAAAAAGUUAGUGGCAAACAAUACUUAA